CCAUCUCCUCCUCGCGCAGCCCGUUCGCCGCCCAGCGUUUGAGAUAUCCAGUCCCGUACGAGAGAGACAGUGCCAUGGAAUUCAGCAAGGACUGCCUGACUCGCGACGCUGACGUUCUAGAGCCCCCAACAGGCGCAUAUACCUACUCACCUCGCGUCUUCCGGGAAUCAGCACUGCGACAAACCAAUGACCCCGUGGUUCCGGAUACUGACCCGUAUCUAUAUCAACCUACAGACAACGGAUCUCCCUUCGUCAUCUCACCGCGCCCAAACUUUAACGUCUUCUCUCCUCCUCUGUUCAUCGGUUCAUCAAUAGGGGAGGAUCUAAAGUCUGUAUUCGAACGGUUUCCUGUCACUCCGUUCCAAGAAAUAUUCGCGUCUUCCCCCAUUGGCUUCUGGGCCGCCGCCAGUUCCUCAGUGUCUCCUGUAGUCCGUCACACAUCCCCUGAUGUGGACGCGACCCGUUCCAAGGCUGGGUCUUCUGCUUCUGUGUCUGAAAGGAAAAUUCCGUCCUUCGCAGCCUACCGUAUGGCACAAGAGAGGCGAGCUCCCCUCAUUUUUGGAUCUCCCACGCGCUCGGUGUCAUCCCUGUCAAGCCUAUCUCCAGUCUCAUCUUGUCCGUCAGCCGCAGAAACGCCCUGCCGAAGCCAGGAUUCGCUGCUGACAUCUAGCUCAUCUCUCGGAAAGUCCGUAUCAAGAUCAGCAGUCCAUGAUGACCCCGACUUGCGCAGGCCCGCGCUUGCAACUGGCGGCCAAUCCAUGUCCAAAAAUCUCUCCCAUCUGCAUGAGUCUCUUGAGGGCGUAACCGACGGUGUACUCGCUCGGUCUCGCUACAACAUCCGUCCUAGGAAGUUCGUAAGAGGAUCUGAGCCUGCUUCUAAACCCGUUCCACAAUCAAAAAUCUUGAACGAAGAAGAUCCUGAAGGCCCUGUCGAACGUCCUUUAGGUCGUCCACACAAAAGGCUACGUCUUGAAGAAAGUACUAAGUCAUCCCCCGAAGGUGGACCGUCCAUGGAGAACGGAGAACCCGGUUCUAUUCACAUUAUCUCAACAAAGCUGCCCGUAAACAUUCCAAGGCGAACGUUUCCUCUGCGUAUACCAAUCAAUCCGGAAUUUCCUCUCUUCUAUCGGCGUUUUGCGGUCAGCUCGUACCGCGAGGAGGAGAGUGAGAGCUACCUGUCAUAUCGCUCGCUUUCCGAAGCUACGUUCAAUCCCCCUCGUGGCCCUCUCGACUUGUACACGCCCCGUUUCGUGAAGGGCAGGGGUUCGACCAAGGUUGGUCUCUGUCCUUGUUGCUGCGAGUCCAUCGCGCGCGGUGGAGAGAACAAGAAAGUAUGGCUGUCUACGAAAUUCUCUGCAUUCAAUUAUCACAUGCAAUAUGCGCACGGUAUUUCUGCGAUGACAGGAUGCCCGUUCUCCCCGCCGAUCGCCUUCCGAACCGUUGCUCGUCACAACGUUGGCAAGCACGAGAAGGCCGCCCUCAUCGAGGGCAAAUGCCACAAGUGCCUGAAGUGGGUUACGAUUGAAGGUGUUAAGGACAUCCCAACAAAGGUGAAAGAAAUCUAUUGGUGGAAGCAUGCCGCAGCAUGCCAUCAAGGCUCGACUAUCGAGGGCGAAUGCGAUAUUUACCUCGAGGACAAAGUAUACAAAGAAAUUGCGGACGAGUGACUGUGCCGCUAGAGCGCUGAAAAGAUAUACUCCCUUAGGGCUGCAUGCGCCAGCACUGUUGUUGCCUGCUGUCUUUCCUGCUACACCCUGUGCUUGUGAAAUGCCCCAGCCUUUUCCUGUGCUGGAAGCCGUGUUACCCUUAUUCAUGUCCAUAAUUCAUGUGUUAUGGCCAAUGUACUACAUACUGCAGUCGGGAUUAACAGUAUAUGCUC